AUGGAUUUUGACGAGCGUGUUUCAGGCUCAAACAUGUAUCUUCCCAGCUGCACUUACUACGACUUCUCGGGGAUUCCUCACUACUUGAGCCAGGGUCAGUCGUCUUGUCCAGUCCCCUACUCGUAUCAGUCCUCUCCAUUGCCACAGGUUCCUUCUGUGCGAGAUGUUGCGUUCAGGGACUAUGGCAUUGACGCGUCCAGCAAGUGGCACCACAGCAGGGGCGGCCUGUCUCACUGUUACGCGGAGGACACGGUGCAUAGAGACGGGUGGACAAGUUCUGUGUCACGGGGGACAGAACUCUUGGUUAAAAACAGCCCCGGUGUCAACUCCAACCCCACGCCAGGAUUUUACGCGAGUGUGGGAAGAAAUGGGGUCUUGCCACAAGCUUUCGACCAAUUCUUUGAGACGGCUUACGGGCAGGAAAACACAAGCACAACGCACCAUACACCAGGCGCAGCAGCUACAGCGCAAGGAAACGUAGACAGAGACCAACAGCGAGCAAAAGCCACAAGCCCCGCUUCAGCCAUUGGCUCCGAGACAUCAGCGGACAGUCCACGGUCUGUGUCCGGUCAAAGCGACGACAAGCAGAGCAAAGGCAGCGGUGGCCACAAGACGCGCAAAAAGAGAUGUCCUUAUUCCAAGUAUCAGAUCAGGGAGCUGGAGAGAGAGUUUUUCUUCAGUGUUUAUAUCAACAAGGAAAAGCGCAUGCAGCUUUCGCGAAUGCUCAACCUGACAGACCGCCAGGUGAAGAUUUGGUUCCAGAAUCGCAGGAUGAAAGAGAAGAAGCUGAACAGAGACCGUUUACAGUACUACACCACGAACCCUCUGCUAUGAACUCAGCUGACAGAGACACUGCUGACAGCGCGUAAACGUUUACCUGGAUAUAACAUCACGGCUAUUAUCAUUAUUAUGAUUAUUAUUAUUGCC